AUGCGAUCACCUAUUGGUUUCCUGACUGGGUUCUUGGCUCUCGUUGCAGCCACUCACAUCCCCGGCAGGAGCUUCGAUCGGCUCAUUUCCAUCUGGCUGGAAAACCAGAUUAGUCGUCCACAGGACUUUGCCCAAGUCGUCGAGGAUUCCCACAUUGCCGACCUUAAAAAGGAAGGGAUUUUGUUGUCCAAUUACCACGCCCAAACCCACCCAAGCCAGCCGAACUACAUUGCAGCUCUCGCCGGCGACUAUUUCGGCCUAAACCAUGACGAACGUGUACGGCUGCCAAUCAACGUGUCUACCAUCGUGGACCUGCUAGACUGGAGGGGCCUGUCAUGGAAGGCCUACAUGGAAGAUAUACCUGGCCCAGGUUUUCUGGCCGAUGCCAGUGAUGGCCAAACAGGCGGCGGCAAGUGGGACUAUGUUCGGAAGCACAAUCCCUUUGUAUCCUUUGACUCCAUUAAUCUCAACGGAACCAGAUUGCUCAACAUCCAGUCCUUCGAUGAAUGGAAGACCGACUUCGAAGCCAAGACAGUACCACAGUACGUCUUCAUGUCACCCAACAUGAUGAACGACGGCCAUAAUACGUCCUUGGAGUAUGCCACAAAGUGGGCCCACGACUUUCUUAAACCCAUGCUAGCCAAAGACGCGUUCAAAGAGAGAACACUCAUUCUCCUGACCUACGACGAGGCCAAGGAUUAUGGGAAGCCAAACAAGAUCGCAUCACUGUUGCUGGGAAGCGCGCUUCCUACGGACAUGAAAGGAACAGAAGAUAAGACCUUUUACACGCACUAUUCUAUGAUGUCGACAGUCGAGUUUAACUGGGAGCUGCCGAACCUUGGGCGCUACGAUGUGGGCGCCAACAUUUACCAGUUCGUCCAGAACCUUGGCUCCAAGGUUUUAGUAGCCAACAAAGACCCACCAAAUAUGGCUGAUGUGAACAACUCUGAAUCCUACUUUGGGGCGUUAAACAAUGACACCAGCAAGUUUCGUCCAUACCCGCCUCCCAACCUCGGUCUUAAUGGGUCCAGCGGACUUCCUAUAUUGGAGCGUAUCCGCCUACAAUGGGUCUUCCACCAGCAGCCGACACCAUACGAUGGUACGGGCACUCUUUACGAUGCCAAAUUCCAGCCUCAAUACAUCCCGCAGGUUCCCGCUGAACACGGAGCUUGA